UUCAUUUCAGUGUAAAAAAAAAAACUCAUCACCGUCAAAAUCUUCUCUUUCUCCGUCCAGACAGCAACCGCCGUGUGACCGAUUCUACGGUGCAAGUGUGGCUUCUUUCUUCUCCAACUCUGUUCUUCCCUGGCUGAUUCGGUUUCUUAGAAGCUCGAGUUCUGAAUCUUCUGCAGAGAGUGGCGUCGAAGGAGAGCUUAUGAUGAGUUCUGCUAUUGAAAUUAGUUCAGGUAGUAGUAGUAGUAGUGAAGACGAAGCACCUGAGCCCAUUAGGCAAGGAACUUUUCUCAGGAGGAAUCCCACAUGGCUAGGUGGUAUAGAUGAUGAGAAGCCGUACUCUCAACGAGCUCCCAAAAGAACCCUUCCACCAUCUCUUCCUAUUCCUUGCAGAAGUGCUAACAGUACAAGUAAUGUUGCCUCGAGCCAUACUUCUCAGCCAGGAGACUCUAAGCAGCAUCUUGCAGGGAGUGGGAACAUUGUUAACUCGACAACUCUUAAUGUUUCUGGUGUAGAUGGUGAGAAGCCGUCUUCUCAACAAGCUCUGAAAAGAACCCUCCCACCAUCUUUUACUUCGCCUCCUAUUCCUUCCAGAAAUGCUAACAAUAUAAGUCAUGUUACCUCGAGCUAUACUUCUCAGCCAGGAGGCUCUAAGCGUGUUGCAGGCAGUGGGAACAUUGUUAACUCGAGAGCUUCUAAUGUUUCUGGUUUAGAUGAUGAGAAGCCGUCUUCUCAACAAGCUCUGAAAAGAACCCUUCCACCAUCUUUUAAUUCGCCUCCUAUUCCUUCCAGAAGUGCUAUCAGUAUAAGUAAUGUUGCCUCGAGCUAUACAUCUCGGCCAGGAAACUCUAAGCGUGUUACAGGGAGUGGGAACAUUGUUAACUCGAGAGCUUCCAAUGUCUCUGGUUUAGAUGAUGAGAAGCCGUCUUCUCAACAAGCUCCGAAAAGAACCCUCCCACCAUCUUUAAAUUCGCCUCCUAUUCCUUCCAGAAAUGCUAACAGUUCAACUAUAGGCAAUGAGAGCCGCUUUGGUGCGUGUUAUAGUAGUCCAGCUGUGUCAGCUGUAGGCAACAAGAGUACCUUUGGUGAUCGUUACCGUGGAGCCCAUGCUGAGAUAGGAAUUCAUCGUGGCAUGAAUGGGGUUAGGAUUCUGCCUCCAUCUAUGGCGCAUGGAACAUCUGCUUCUCCUUUACAUUUUGCUGGUUCAAGUGAUCCAAUGCACAGGAUUGGCAUUAGUGGAGAUAGGAAUUCUGAGAACGAUGAGAGGCUGAUCUAUCAGGCUGCACUACAAGAUUUGAAUCAACCCAGGACCGAAAUGGAUUUAUGUCCGGGUACUCUUUCAGUUCCUCUAAUGAGGCAUCAGAAAAUUGCAUUGGCAUGGAUGUUUCAGAAGGAAACAAAUAGUUUGCACUGUGCGGGAGGGAUAUUAGCAGAUGAUCAGGGACUUGGUAAGACAGUCUCGACUAUUGCUCUUAUCCUAAAGCAAAAGUUUGAGUCACAGUUAAAGUCUGAAAUUUCAAGCAAGCAAGAAGCUGAAAUAUUUGACCUGGAUGCUGAUGAUGAGUCAGAAAAUACGAAGCAUGAAAGUGAAAGUCAUCUAAAACCAGAGCUCAAGGUUUCAAGCAUUAGUGAGACCACGGUCCUGAGUGCUGGUGGUAAAGAUGAGAAUGGAAGUUCAGAUAUGGAGAAAGCCAAAAUUGAAGACGCGAGUACUUCAAUACGAGCAUUUAGCAGGAAAAGACCAGCUGCUGGUACAUUAAUUGUUUGUCCAGCGAGUGUUGUAAGGCAGUGGGCAAGAGAACUUGAUGAGAAGGUUUCUGAUGAAUCAAAACUAUCUGUUUUAGUCUACCAUGGUGGUAAUAGGACCAAAGAUCCUGUUGAAUUAGCAAGUUAUGAUGUGGUUGUGACAACUUACGCCAUUGUUACUAAGGAAGCUCCUGAACAGACCUUGGUGGAUGAGGAUGAGAACGAUGAAAAGGAUACCCACAAGCAUGGUUUCGCCUCUAACUUAUUCAAAAAUAAGAAACGUAAAGCUUCAGUAGGUGCGAGCAAGAAGAGUAAGAAAAGAGGUAGAAAAGGCAUUGACGGUUCUUCUUUUGACCCUGAUUGUGGUACUCUAGGAAGAGUUGGGUGGCUCAGAAUAGUACUAGAUGAAGCUCAGACUAUUAAGAAUCAUAGAACACAGAUGGCGAAAGCCUGUUGCACUCUUCGAGCCAAACGGAGGUGGUGUUUGUCUGGAACGCCAAUACAGAAUACGAUUGACGAUUUAUACAGCUACUUCAGGUUCCUCAGAUAUAAUCCGUAUGCCGUGUACAAGUCAUUUUACGAUACAAUCAAGCAACCAAUUUCCAAAAAUUCUUUUCAUGGUUACAAGAAGCUUCAAGCUGUUCUAAGGGCUAUAAUGCUGCGCCGUACCAAAGGAACAAUUCUUGACGGGCAACCCAUAAUUAAUCUACCUCCAAAGAAAAUUAAUUUGAGCAAGGUGGACUUUUCAGUAGAGGAGCGGUCUUUUUACAAGAAGCUUGAAGCAGAUUUUCAAUCACAAUUCAAGGCCUAUGCUGCUGCUGGAACUGUUAGCCAAAACUACGCAAAUAUUCUUCUGAUGCUUUUGCGUCUACGCCAAGCUUGUGACCACCCAGAACUUGUUAACGGAUAUAACUCGGAUCCUGUUGGAAAAGUAUCAGUAGAAGCAGUUAAAAGACUCCCUAGGGAGGCUCGAAUCAACCUGCUCAAUCGUUUAGAGUCGUCAUCUGCCAUCUGUUAUCUCUGUGAAGAACCACCUGAAAAACCUGUUGUUACGUUGUGUGGCCAUGUAUUUUGCUAUCCGUGUGUUUCCGAACGUAUCACUGGGGAUGAGAACAUGUGCCCUGUACGGAGAUGCAGAGAAGAACUUGGGCAUGAUGUUGUUUUCUCUAAAUCUGCCCUUAGAAAGUGCAUCGCCAAUGAUUUAGGCUCUAGUUCUUCACAGGAUAAUGGUCUCUCUAAAUCAGUUUUUCUAAAAAGCGAGUUUUGUUCAUCAAAAAUCAAAGCUGUCCUAGAUAUCCUGCAGUCGCUUCCCAAACAAGGCAGUCCAAACUCAUCACAGCAUAGUCAAAUGCCUUCUUCCUCACAGCCAUAUGACGAUGACGAGGACGAUGUUACUAUUUUAGAGCCAAUGACUUCUCACUCAUCUUCACCUAGCCAGGGGCCAAUAAAGACGAUAGUAUUCUCUCAGUGGACUGGUAUGCUUGACUUGGUUGAGCUGUGUUUUGUUGAAAAUGGUAUAGAAUUCAGAAGAUUGGAUGGUACAAUGAGUCUAGCAGCAAGAGACAGGGCUGUAAAAGAAUUCAGCAAGGAUCCAGAUGUAGAGGUGAUGCUGAUGUCUCUAAAAGCUGGGAACCUUGGGUUGAAUAUGGUAGCCGCAUGUCAUGUUAUUCUUUUGGAUCUUUGGUGGAAUCCAACAACCGAAGAUCAAGCUAUUGAUCGUGCACAUCGUAUAGGGCAAACUCGGCCAGUUACUGUAACUCGCAUUACUAUAAAAGAUACAGUUGAGGAUAGAAUUUUAAAACUUCAGGAAGAUAAAAGGACAAUGGUUGCAUCUGCGUUUGGUGAAGAUCAUGGUGGAAGCUCUGCGACUCGACUGACAGUAGACGAUCUCAGAUAUCUUUUUAUGGUCUAGACUACUCAUUGUGUGCUCUAAGCGUAGCCUUCCAAUCGCUGCUUGAAUUAGUGUUGCAUAGUACAAAAUAUGGGAGAUUAUGCCCAGAGUUUUUUGAUCAGUAAGAAACCUCUUGCUGCUUUGUAUCCUAACUUUAAUACUGUGGCUCUCCUAGGAUAUCGUGUUUUGGUUUUGUGAGGCUUGAAGCCAGUCUAGGUUUUUUGUGUUUCGGAGGUGCAUCGAUUGGAAACAUGCCGUAUGUAAAUAACUAAAUCGUUUCAUGGUAUAUAUAUCGCGUAGGAGUUUA